CCCGCCGGGAGCGCGCGCCUCCCGCCCUCGAGCCGGGUCCCGCUGGUUCUCUUCAGAGCCGCACACUCCCCCGGAGCUCCUGCCACGGCCGGCACCUCGGCCGCGGCUCCCCAGCCCCGCGGCUCAGCUCGGCUCCUCAGCGCCCGCGUCCCAGGCCCUCUCCCCUCUUAGUCACUCCCCAUCUCUCUCUUUCCCGCCCUUCUCACCCACCCAUCCGGCCCGCCGCCGAGCGAGCUUGGAUACGAAGCAGGCGGGCUUGAGAAGGGGGUUGGAAAAAUGGAGGUGCCGCGCCUGGAUCAUGCCCUCAACAGCCCCACCAGCCCUUGUGAGGAGGUGAUCAAGAACCUCAGCCUGGAGGCCAUUCAGCUGUGCGAUCGGGACGGUAACAAAUCACAAGACAGUGGCAUAGCAGAAAUGGAAGAACUUCCAGUACCACAUAACAUCAAAAUAAGCAAUAUUACAUGCGAUUCAUUCAAGAUUUCAUGGGAAAUGGAUUCAAAGUCCAAGGACCGUAUUACACACUAUUUCAUUGACCUCAACAAGAAAGAGAACAAGAACUCCAAUAAAUUUAAACACAAGGAUGUUCCAACAAAAUUGGUGGCAAAAGCUGUUCCCUUGCCUAUGACUGUUCGUGGACACUGGUUUUUGAGCCCAAGAACUGAAUAUACAGUAGCAGUGCAGACUGCUUCAAAACAAGUUGAUGGUGAUUAUGUCGUGUCUGAAUGGAGUGAAAUUAUAGAAUUCUGCACAGCAGAUUAUUCAAAAGUUCAUCUAACACAACUGUUGGAGAAGGCUGAAGUGAUUGGAGGACGUAUGCUAAAGUUUUCUGUUUUUUAUCGUAACCAGCACAAAGACUAUUUUGACUAUAUUAGAGAACACCAUGGGAAUGCUAUGCAGCCCUCUGUCAAGGAUAACAGUGGUAGCCAUGGCUCUCCUAUCAGUGGGAAAUUAGAAGGUAUCUUUUUCAGCUGCAGCACUGAAUUCAAUACUGGGAAGCCACCCCAGGAUUCACCUUACGGAAGAUACAGGUUUGAGAUUGCAGCAGAAAAACUUUUUAACCCCAAUACUAACUUAUACUUUGGGGACUUCUAUUGUAUGUACACUGCUUAUCAUUAUGUGAUUCUUGUUAUUGCCCCUGUGGGAUCACCAGGAGAUGAAUUUUGUAAGCAGCGCCUUCCUCAACUAAAUUCUAAGGAUAAUAAAUUUUUGACCUGUACAGAAGAAGAUGGGGUGCUGGUUUACCACCAUGCCCAGGAUGUCAUUUUAGAAGUCAUUUACACUGACCCUGUGGAUCUUUCUCUGGGCACCGUGGCAGAAAUCACUGGUCAUCAGCUCAUGAGUUUGUCUACUGCAAAUGCAAAGAAAGAUCCCAGCUGCAAAACCUGUAAUAUAAGUGUUGGACGUUAAUGCCCACUUUUCUUAUUCUUACUCUUCCCCUUGUUUUCCCCUAGAAGCAUUCAUCCUCUGUUGUUCAUUUUCAUCAUCAGAUGUUUUCCACUGAAGCAUGCAUAUGCCGGUAUCACCAAAAGCAAACUACUACUUUUUUCAAAUUUCAUUAAGAGUCAUUCUAGUGUUUCCUAUUCUCCACCCUUUCCACUACUUUCAAUAAUGAAAUAUCCUAAGUUCUCCUUCUGACACUUUAUUUGCCUAGAUGCUGCAAUGUUAUUAUUUUUCCUUUAUGCCAAACAUAACAAGACAAUUAUAUAGACCGCUUUAGCAAAAUACAAAAUAAUGGCUUAUAAAUGGUGUUUAAAUAUGCAUUCAUUUUAAUCUACUGAACAAAUAUUGGGAUUACUCCAAACCGCAUGAAAGGGUGUAAUUGCAGCAUGAGUUAAACAUUGAAGCCUAGAAUUGUCAGCACUUCCAACUUGUUGUUUGACAGUGUUAUUUAUGUUAUUUAUAUUAGCUAACAGGAAACUGUGUUUCAACAUAAUAAAUAUAAUAGAAAAAUAUUUUAUUUGUAUUGUUGUAUAAAAUAUUUACAAUCAUAUAUAAUAUAUAGAGGUACAUUUUAAUAGCAAUUGUAUACAUGUCACGAAACCAUUUCCCUUAUCAAAGAUGUAAUUUGUAAACCUCAAAUAGUUGUGUAUCUGUCCUGUUACAAGUAGAUGAUUUCAAUUAAACAAAUUUAUGAAGGACAUUAUUAUGAUUCAUAAAAAUAUCAGGUAAAUACAGAGAAAAUAAUAAGGCUCUGAAAUAGUCUGCUUUGAAAUCUUUGAUAUUCAUCUCAUCUAAGCUAUAUGAAAAUGUGAGUUUCUUUAACAUCAUGCUUAAACAUUACAGAAAAUAGAAAUACAAACAUGGUUGAUAAUGAGAGAAAAUGUCUACCUUUUACUUGUUUUCACAAAAACAAAAACAAUGUGUUUUUGUACAGAAUAACACAAAACAAGAUACACUGAAGUUGAUGAAGCAAGUAAAAUAUUCUGGCUUUCUUUUCCAAGGUGUCAUGGCAGACAGUUUCUAAACCUUUCAUUUUGUACAGAUGAAUACAGCUCAUGAGAAAGAUUUUUCACUUUACAAAGUAUAGACAUUGGUACACUAAGAAAAAUGCUAUUCCCAAUGGAAAAAUAGUUAAAUAAUUUUAAGUAUAGCAAACAAAAAGAUUAGCAAUAAUACUAUGGUCACAUUAGCUUUACUGCAAACACAUCUAUCCAAAAUACCUAUUUUAAAAUUUUAAUACAAUAUUUUAUUAUAAACAUCUGUUAGUUUUAAACAAAGAUAAUUCACAAAGUACAUGCUAUCAGAAUGAACUUUGGUAACCAGAAAUGUAAAAUUUCAAAUAACAUAAAAUAAUGUGCUAUUUUUAUAUAGAAAUAAAAAAUUAGCAAUGACACAUUCUACUUUAUUUUAAGGUACUGAAAGCCUAACAGACUUAAGGGACAACAUAGUAGAUGUUGUAUCACUUAAAAAUUGAUUCAAAAUUUCAAAUAAAUCACUUUCUUACUAGCUGUUUUCUUUCCUAUAUGAAAAUCAGAAUUCCUUUUCCUCUUCUCACUGAUUUCUUUAAAUCAUGCUCUUUUCCAUACACCAACAAAAACAAUCUUUGGACACACAACUUUCCGUAACA